AUGGAAAAUCAGGCUGUGGAAUUCUGGAAGCGGCAGGCAAGCGAAGUGGGCCUAGAUUUCGCAGUGUACUUCCCAGCAGGCAAGCCGGUUUGCGUGCUAACGCGCGUCGGGGCCAACCCCGCCCUGCCCAGCAUUAUGCUCAACUCUCAUAUGGAUGUCGUUGAGGCUGACCCAACUGAAUGGACUUAUCCACCUUUUGCGGCGCACGUAGACGAUGACGGCAACAUCUUCGCUCGUGGAACUCAAGACACCAAGGAUAUAGCCAUCCAGUACCUGGAGGCGGUCAGGCGGAUCAAUGCCCAGAAUGUCACCUUGCAACGCACUUUCCACAUCACUCUUAUGCCUGAUGAAGAAACAGGCGGAUUUCAGGGCAUCAGGCCAUUUAUUAAAACGCCAGAGUUCAAGGCGUUAAACAUCGGUUUUGCUUUGGACGAGGGGGGGGCAUCCCCGACGGACGACAUGUUUGCCACGUAUCAAGAUCGGAGAGCUUGGUCUAUAGCAAUAACAGUCAACGGAGUCGGCGGCCAUGGAUCAACCAUGGCAUCUGAUGUUGCAAUCAAAAAGCUGCAACGGUUGAUAAAUGUGAUGAUGGAAUACAGGGAGAUGCUUGAAAAGGCUUUGGAAUCAGCUGAUAAAGCUACGUAUGGGUUAUAUCCAACACUGAAUAUCGAUAUGAUUAAUGGUGGAAUGGCCCCAAACGUGAUUCCGGAAACAUUCACUCUGGUGGCUGACAUGAGAUUUCCUCCUACUGAAAACGCUACUGACAUGUUGUCCCUGGUAUAUUCGUGGGCGGCGUUUGCUGGCAAUGGAACAACGGUUAAGUUUUUGAGACGAGAAAUGGAGUCGCUCGCAACUCCAAUAGAUGAGUCCAACCCUUAUUGGGUCACUAUGAAUAAAACCAUCACAGAUUUGGGUUACAGACUGAUCACAGGGGUAUGUCCCGGGACGACCGAUAUGUUCGAUAUUCGCAACAUCGGCAUCCCGGCUAUCGGGUUCGCGCCCGAACGGCGGACCAUCAGCCGAUUGCACCAGCCCAACGAGUAUCUGAACAUCGACGUGUUUCUAGAAGGCAUCGAUAUCUACGUCCCCCUCAUCACUAAUCUGGCAAAUUUGCCUGAAAAAUAAAUAGGGUAGUAGACACCACUGUAAUAUAAACCAAUGAAUGACAUACUUUUUUGAGCUGCUAAAAUGAGACUACCCUAUAGUAGAAUAAAAUAUAUGCAGGGUGGAAUUUUGUAACUCCACCUAGAGGGAAAGUACUGUUAAUAUUGUAGAUAGAAAAUUUUAC